CCUGGAACGCCCGCACGGACCCGCCGCUAGCUAACAGGGGAGCUCGAGCUCCAACCAGCAAGGUUCCCAAUGUUCGUCACUCAACUCCGCGAGCAGCGACCACACUCCACACUCGAACUUCGCGACACCACCCAUAAACCAGCUCGCGACAGCCGACCAACAACCGCCAAUCCGGCGACAAAGAUGCGGCCAUGGCGCUAACAUGGAGGUCCUUCGACUUCUUUGACGCGACGCAAAUUACCCUGCCCAGCGACUCGAGCGAUUCCGUCAACACUCGCUCCCUCUUCGAGAACAACGAGAUCUCGGCCGUCUGCUCGGGAUCCGACAGCCUCUUCCUAGGCAGCUACGACGGCACCGUGCGCAUCGUCGGGCCCAGCUGGAAGGUCGUGCGCAGCUUCCGCGCCUAUGAUGCGGCCGCUUCGGGGGGCCUCGGCGGGGCGGGCGAUGGCGGGGCGGCGGGCGGGAUGAGCAUCACGCACAUGCGGCAGGUGGAGGGGACGAGCUUGUUGGUUACCGUUGCGGAAGGCGGUGGUGAACAUCAACCUGUGCUGAAAGUCUGGGCGCUCGAUAAGCCGGUCAAGAAGACGGGUAUCCCAACGUGCCUGAGCACGGUCGCGAUCAAUAAUGGAAAGAAGCCUUUCCCGGUAUCGGCCUUUGCAGCCACCGAAGACCUGACACAGGUCGCGGUUGGGUUCGCCAACGGCGCCGUCACUGUGAUUCGUGGCGACUUGAUCCACGACCUUGGCACCAAACAGCGUAUCGUCCACGAGUCGGACGAGCCUAUUACCGGCGUGGAGUUGCAUGUCGAAGGGGGGUUGACGACGCUGUUUGUCGCAACCACAUCGCGCAUCCUGAAGCUAGUCAUCUCCGGCCGCGGCCAUGGGCAGCCGCCGAAGACGGUGGAGGAUACAGGAUGUGGUGUCGGCUGUAUGGCUGUGGACAAGAAGACCGGGAGCAUCGUUGUUGCAAGAGAGGAUGCGGUCUACUAUUACACGCUCGACGGCAGGGGCCCACCAACCGCGUAUGAGACGCCGAAGAAGCUGAUCUCGGUGUAUCAAGACUACAUCGCCUUGGUCUCCCCUCCCACGCCCGCAGGUGAGACGGACGCAAUUCGGCGGCGGUUCUGGGGAGCGACGGCAGACAGCAUCUACACCUUCACGCUGAUACACCCGGACCUUAGGAUCAUCGCCCACACUGAGACGGUGCUGUCUGACGUCAAGCACAUCUUCCAGCUGUGGGGUGAUUUGUACAUGCUCACACAGGACGGCAAGGUCUUUCGCUACCGCGAAAAGUCGCUCCAGCAGCGCCUCGAGAUGAUGUACCAGCGCAAUCUCUAUACGCUUGCUGUUGAGCUCGCGCAGAAAAGUGGGAUGGAUGGGCAGCAGCAAAACGUCAUCUACCGCAAGUACGGCGAUUACCUCUACCACAAAGGCGACUACGACAACGCCAUGACCCAGUAUAUCAAGGCGAUCGACAGCACGGAACCAUCGCAGGUCAUCAGGAAGUUUUUGGACACGCAGAGAAUACACAACCUCAUUGAGUAUUUGGAGGAGCUGCAUGAACACCACAAGGCCACGUCGGACCAUACGACACUCUUGCUAAACUGCUAUGCCAAGCUCAAGGAUAUCGACAAACUGGAGAAGUUCAUCAAAACCCCGGGAGACCUCAAAUUCGACCUGGACACGGCUAUCUCCAUGUGCCGGCAGGGCGGUUAUUAUGAGCAAGCAGCCUAUUUGGCCAAGAAGCACCAAGAGCAUGACUUGGUUGUUGACAUCUUGAUCGAAGACUCUAAGGCAUACAAUGAAGCCCUUGACUACAUCUGGCACCUGGAUCCAGAAACAGCAUACUCUUGCCUCAAAAAGUACGCCCGCGUCCUGAUCGAAAACUGCCCCAAAGACGCGACGCAGUUAUUUAUCGACUACUACACUGGGCGGUUCACCCCCAAGGUAGACCUUCCGGAGCCCAACGCCCAACCUGCCGGCAAUGGCGGUUUUGUCGUCGGGGCUGCAAACGCUUACACUCCGCCGCGGCCCCGUACAGCCUUCUCCUCUUUCAUAGACCACCCCGACGAGUUCAUUGUUUUCCUGGAAGCAUGUCUCAACGAGGGCAGUCUCUCCGAAGUGGACCGGUCGGACCUCUCUACCACGCUCUUCGAGAUGUAUUUGCACAAAUCCAACGAAAAGAAGGGCGACGACCAGUAUCGCGAAGAGUGGGAACAGCGGGCCAAGGCACUGAUCAAUAACAAACCACAAGGCGCCGGCGCCGGCGCCGCUCCGAAACCGCCCAUCGAGAAUUCCAACGUCCUCCUCCUCUCCCACCUCUCCGGCUUCCGCGACGGCACGACCCUCGUCAAGGAACAGUCCGGCCUCCUGUUUGACAUCUUCCGCUCCUACACUUCGGCCAAAGACACACGCGGCGCGAUCAAGGCGCUCCGCAAGUACGGCCCGGAAGAGCCCCAGCUCUACCCGGCGGCGCUCUCCUACCUCACCUCGGACCCGCGCAUCCUCGAAGAAGCCGGGCAGGAGGAGGUCGCCUCCAUCCUCGAGCGCAUCGACAGGGACGGCCUGAUGGCUCCGCUCCAGGUGGUGCAGACGCUGGCCAAGAACGGCGUGGCCAGCAUGGGCCUGCUGAAGCCGUACCUCUCCAAGCGGAUCGAGCAGGAGCGCAAGGAGAUCGCCGAGAACAGGCGGCUCGCCGCGCAGUUCCGCGCCGAGACGGAGACGCGCCGCGCCGAGAUCGCCGACUUGGGCUCCAAGCCGGCCGUGUUCCAGGCGACGCGGUGCGCCCAGUGCACGGCCGCGCUGGAGCUGCCCGCGGUGCACUUCCUGUGCAAGCACUCGUUCCACCAGCGCUGCCUACGCGGCGGCGGCGGCGGCGGCGGCGCCAGCGGGGCCAACGCCGACGGCGAGGAGUGCCCCAUCUGCGCGCGCGACAACGCCACGAUCCGGGCGCUCAAGAAGAGCCAGGAGGAGAACGCGGAGCGGCACGAACUGUUCAAGGACGAUCUGGAGAGGAGCGAGGACCGCUUCAAGACCGUGUCGGAAUGGUUUGGCAGGGGAGUCAUGAGCGCGCCUAACGUGGAGUAAGCCUUGCGCCGUGGUGUGUCUGGUGUGUCUUGCUGUGGUAUUACAAAAGUAUCUUAGAGAUGUCUAUCUGUCUCGGUUGAUUGGGCGGUCGGAAGAGAGGGGGAAGGGGAAGCUGUUUAAUCAUAGAUCAAUGGGCUCCGCUGAGAAGGAACUUGCCAAUGGCCGUGGCCGAUAUCGUCUGCACAACUGCCUGAGCGACAGGACCGCCGCCGCCCUUAGAGGUGGGAGUUCGGAUGCCGAACAUGUGAUUCAGGAAGUCUCCAACGUCGUUGACGUCGACAGGUAUUUGGCUGGCUUCCCCGAGCGUCUUUCGCCAGUCUUCAACGUAAUGCAAGCGUUGGUGGACAAGAGCCUUGCUCAGGAUGGCGUCUUGGCUCGCCUCGUCAAUAACGUCGGCAUACUUGAGGCCGGCCACGUUUGCCGACUGAAUCUCGCCGUGGUGGACGGUGAAAUGUGCUCGGAACUGGGCCGCUUCAGUAAGUUUCCCUGCCAUACCGGGUCUUGAAGGAUGGAGGAGGGCCG